UAUCUUUAUUUUUUAGUGAACAUUAAAGUUGUGUAUCACUACAUUUUUGUUUUGUAUUUUCAGAACAUAAAAAUGAAUGAAGAUCAAAUGAAAACAGAGAGUAAAAAGAUUUUCCCAUGCAUCCUUUGCAAAAAAAGAACAAGGCCAAAUGACAGAAAAAAAUGUGAGUCAACAGCAAUCCGUCGCUUCCUCAGAAAGAACUUUCUUGUUGAGGCAAACUCAAAUGACAUUUUGUGCAACAAGUGCAGACAUCGCUACCAUGGAAACCAGAAAACAUGCCAGCAGAAGUCUAGUUCCCUUCCUGUGUGUCAGCCUCUACAACCAGGAAUGUGCAGUCCACCAUCUAUAUCUUUGCCUCUCCAGAGAACACCUUCUUCACAUGCUUACUGCUUAAUCUGCAAGCGACCGGGUCCUAAACUUGUUGUCGUGUCUUCAGCAGCUAGAUUUUCAGCCUUUCUUCACCAUGAAAUCAUCAUCCCACCUGGAAGCAGAUGUUGUCCAUCCCACAUUGAUGAAGGAGAGUUUAGACCUGGUGUUUUGACCAAAAUACAGACAUUCGAGUCUUCAUUUGUAAACAAGUCAACAGUGCUGGAACUGAUCCAAAAAAUACGAAAUUAUGCCCUCCAGACCUCAACAAGCAGAUUUUCUUUUGAACUGUCUACCAUGAGCAACAGUGAUUAUAUGGCACUGACUGGUAUCUCUAAAGAAAACUUUGAAGACCUCCAUUCCUUUAUUUCCAGUGAUAUUCGAAACACACAAAACCGAGGCACAAGGAUGUCACUUGGAAUCUUUCUUCUGAAACUGAGAUCAGGAAUGUCAAAUCAACUUCUGGCCACGAUUUUUGGAAUUUCAAAGUCUUCCCUCUGUAGAGCAGUAAAAUCAGUCCGUACAGCACUCAUGAAGUCAUUUGUACCACAUCAUCUUGGACUACAACAUACAACAAGAGAAGAAAUUAUAGAAAAUCAUACAAGACCUCUGGCACAGGAACUUUUUGGUGAUUUUACAAAUAAGAAAGCUAUUGCUGUUUUGGAUGGAACUUAUAUAUAUAUUCAGAAAAGUAACAACUUCCAGUUUCAACGGAAAUCAUAUAGUUUACAUAAAGGCAGGCCCCUUGUUAAACCCAUGGUUGUCACAUCCACAGACGGAUACUUUCUAACAGUUCUUGGACCCUACCUAGCUAGGAAUAAUGAUGCCACUAUCCUCAACCAUAUGCUUCAUACCAAUGUAGAAGAUCUGAAGGGCUGGUUCCAUGAAGAUGAUGUUUUUGUUGUAGACAGAGGCUUCCGAGAUUCAGUCGAUAUGCUCGAGGAGCUGGGAAUAAGGGCCGAAAUGCCUCGCCUGAUGAGCAGAGGGCAGAAGCAGAUGACAACCUUAGAUGCCAAUGCCUCUCGUCUGGUCACCAAGAUUCGUUGGGUUGUUGAGGCAGCCAAUGCAAGGAUAAAGCGAUGGAAGUACCUUGCUCAUGUUCUUCCAACCAAUCAAGUGCCAUUUAUCGGUGACUAUGUGCGCAUCGUGUGUGCCCUCUCCAACCGUUACUGCAAGCCUCUGUCGACAGGAAGUGAAGAUGAAGACAUGGCCCUUGCAUGCAAAAUGAGGUAUUUGUCAACAAAAGUUAACUCUUUAAAGACAUUUGUUGAAGAAAACUGUCUGGAUAAGAAGUCUGUAAAGUGGGAAGUGGCUACUGAUUCUUUGGAAUUCCCCAACAUCAGCGAAGAUGACAUACGAAAUCUGACCUGUGGAGUUUAUCAACUGAAGUUGUGUCCAAGUUAUAUUCAGGAGUAUUUGGAGGGGGAUGUGGAUAUCUUGGUUCACAGUGAGUUCCAUGGGCUUAUCAGGGUCAAGCUACAGAGUCGUCAUGUUUCUUCCCGACAGUAUCUGCUCUGGAUCCAGUUUUCCGAGUCUGAUAUCACUGCAUGGUAUUGCAGAUGUCGAGCGGGUGCCCGUGUUGUGGGAGUAUGUUCCCAUGUCGCCGCCGUUAUCUGGUUUCUCGCUGUUGGGAGACACAACAGGGAGGCUAUUUCGUCUAUUCAAGACUGGUCCGAGUUUGUCACUGAUGCAGCUGUCAUUGACGAAUCUGAGGACAGUGAUGACAGUGAGGUAGAGGAGUAACUGAGUUCAUUUUUCUUCUUCUAGUGAUUAAUCAGACUCUGUUGGUAUCCUGAAAAUAUGAACAUUUUUGAUUUAUAAUAUGAAAUAUUCAUUUAUCUGAUUCAUUUAAACACAAUACAGAUCUGGUUGCAUUAUUAUCACACAAAUGUUUUGUAAUCAACAAUUUGUCAAUUGUAACAUAUUAUGACUUAAGCGAGAAUUAUAUCAUAAUUUUUUUUUACAUAUAUACUAGUAGAAAAUUCUAAUACAGUGUCAAAAGAUAUUUUUGUGUAUUAAUUUAAAUAAGAUGUUUAUUGUUGUCGAUAAGUAUAUACAAUCUAUCUAAAUCAUGAUGGAAGCACACUACCUAGUUUAUAUUAUGCAACUUUCUUGUCAAUUACAAAAUCUUCACUGCAGAUAAAUUGUACCCUGAUUACUGGUAUAUAUAUAUGUUUGUAUAACUUGAAAACAUUGUUUGCACUAGAUAGGGGUAUCUCCUCUGUAUAGACUAAUGUCAGUGCAUUUUGCAUGAUGUGUUCUGUUAUCAUGUUUGUUUAAUAUUGAAUCAUUUUGUCAUCUCAUUUUUAAACUAAUUGACAAUGUGCCAUAACAAAGAAUCAUUUACUUUAUGAUUACCAUAUUUGUUACCCAUUAUUUGCUAUUUUAAUUUCUGUGUUAAAUAUGUUACAUGUAAUUAUUCUUUUAUAUAUUUUUGAAAUAUAAGAGUCAUUGUUUGGGUUGAAAAUGGUAGUUACAUAUAUGCUAUGUAGUCACUAGAGCUUAAAAUAUGUUACAAAUAGAGUAUAGUUAUUGCUGUCGUUGUUUUUUUUAAUACAUGUAGCUCUUCUUUGUUUUGCAUUCAAGUUGGAUUUAAUGUAUAUCCUUGUACAUUCUUGGAAUUGGGUAAAUGUGUGAGUGACUCAGAUCAGCUGAUGAAAAAAUGCAUGAUAUGUGUUAAUAAAUAAUACUUUAAAUAGCAAUUAAACAAUAAUAAACCAAUCUAUAGUGAAGUGAACUUUUUCCCGCAAUGAAAUGGAAACGCUGCCAACACACCAUACCACAGUACCAUGCGGCUAUGCAGCGUGUUGUACAUUACA